AUGUUGGUUUUGAUUAAUAACUUGAGUAAGACAAAAAUGGUAUCUACCAGAUCUAUGACCAAAUCCCGCUUGGUUGCCACGGAGGUUAUUACCGCCAUUUCUUCGGAUACCAAUAAGAUAAUAAGAAAGCGCACUAUCAAAAAAGUUGCAGAACUGUCAACCAAGAAACGCAAAGUUAUUUCCGAGAAGAUUGUACAAAUCAAUGUUGUUCCAACUUCAUCCGGUCCGUCUGAGACCACAAUCAAACGAUUGCAAGAUAAAUACAUUUCCGACUUCGUCACUGCUGCUAAGCAUGUACUUACUGUUGAUCCAACUUUAGAGCCUUACAUCCUCAACGCCAACCUCCCCUCAUUCUCCAAAUCUGAAGCUGAACCUUUCCAAGCUGCUGUUUCAGAAUAUAAGAAGGACAAAAUUGAUGGGAGAAAAGAAUUGUUACAAUACUUUUUUCUGGCUCUUUGUCGCGGGUUGAUUGGGCAACAGGUUUCCGGUGCUGCUGCCAGAUCUAUCAAAAUUAAAAUUCAAAAACUUUACAAAGGGGAAGGUACCGAAUUCCCUCCUCCAAAGUUCUUUGUGGAAGCUGCCCCAGAGGAUCUAAGGGGAGCGGGUCUUAGUCUCAGAAAAGUGGAGUAUAUGAAGGGCACGGCUGAGGCCUUCAUCAAGAAUGAUACUGAAGAGUUUGUUGAUUUUAUGCUCAAUGGUGAUAAUCAAGCAAUUAUUGACAGACUUGUAGAGCUCAAAGGUAUUGGUGAGUGGUCAGCCCAAAUGUUUUUGAUAUUUGGAAUGAAGAAAUUGGAUAUUUUUGCCCCAGGGGAUUUGGGGAUUGCCAAAGGCGCUUCUUUGUACCUCAAGGACAGAGAAGAUCUAUUCGCCAAACUCAAGUCCACCGUAGAAAUUGAUCCCAAAUAUCCUUGCAAAUGGACAAAAACCAAGUCUAAACCAAAGAGAACUUGGAUUCCUAUUCAUGAACAGUACAUGAUUGCCGCUGCCGGUCAAUUUGAGCCAUAUCGGCUGGUUUUUUCUUUGUUGAUGUGGCAAGUGGCGCUGACGAAUCUCGAUGUCCUCAAGGAAUGA